UCAGCCCUCCCUCCUCAGCAUCAAGUGCAGCCUGAGCGGAGCGUCCUGGCUGCGACUUUUCCCUCAGACUCUCCGAAGGAGCAAUGAGGAGCAGGCAGCUGUGGCUCUACUGAUGAUAGCACGUCUGGGGGAUGCAGUGAAAGCCGUUCGUUUGCCACCGGGAUCAUAUUUGUGUACAUCCAAGGACAAGAAACAAUCCACUGCGGACCUGGCAUAAUCCAUCAAUCGGAUGCGAGCAGAGCCAGGCCCAACAUAACCAUGGGCCCCAUACCACUUUCCGUCCUGCUCCUAGUGACGGUGCUGACUGUGGUGGUGGCCGUAGCGGCUGAGGAGAACACAAUCGACGACAAGUACACCUGGCCCCAAUGGAAGGUGCCACUGGUAAGGAAACGACGUACUGUGCCCCUCAGCAUCCCCAACUUCUCAGCCCAUCCUCAACCGGAGCUGAGUGGCACCUGUGGGAUCGAGUGCCAGCGCCGCCUCCCCUCACCUUCUCUGAACGAUUUGGAGCAGUUCCUGUCCUACGAGACGGUCUACGAGAACGGCACUCGCACGUACACCUCCGUUUCUGUGCACGGCCUCAAUGAAGUGACUGCGUGGCCCAGGAACCGCUCCUCCAGCUCCCGUCGCAAACGGGAGGUGUAUGGCACAGAUACUCGCUUCACCAUCGCUGACAAGCAGUACUCCACCAAAUACCCCUUCUCCACCUCGGUGAAAAUCUCCACCGGGUGCUCUGGGGUUCUGGUGUCCCCCAAACAUGUGCUGACAGCUGCGCACUGCAUUCACGACGGAAAGGAUUACCUGGACGGAGUUCAGAAGCUACGCGUUGGCAUUCUGAAGGAGAAAAGCAGGAGGGGAAAAGGAGGCAAAGGAAGAGGGAAAGAAAAGGGCAGAAGAAGAAAGGGGAGUAAAGAUAAAGAGGAAGCCAUGGAAAAGGAGGAAAAGGGGGAAAAAGGGGAACGCAAGGGAAGAGGAAAAGGCAAGAGUACCCGGAGUCGUCGGAGUGUUGACUCUGGGAAACCUUCAUUCAGGUGGACCAGAGUCAAACAGACUCAGGUUCCCAAGGGUUGGUUUAAAGGUGUGUCAAAAGGUCUGGCUGCGGAUUACGACUACGCUGUUCUCGAGCUGAAGAGGGCCCCAAAAGUAAAUUACAUGGAUCUGGGCGUUAUCCCCUCCGUCAAGAAGCUCCCUGCUGGUAGGAUCCACUUCUCUGGCUUUGACGAUGACCGACCUGGUAACUUGGUGUACCGGUUCUGCUCCGUGUCUGACGAAUCCAAUGACUUGUUGUACCAGUACUGCGAUGCCAAACCCGGCUCCAGCGGCUCGGGAGUUUACAUCCGCCUCAAAGAGCCAGGCAAGAAGAAGUGGAAGAGGAAGAUCAUCGGGGUUUUCUCUGGCCACCAGUGGGUGGACGUUAACGGGGACGGGACGCAGCAGGAUUACAAUGUGGCCGUGAGGAUAACACCCCUCAAGUACGCUCAGAUCUGCUACUGGGUCCACGGGGACUCGAGCGAGUGUCAGGUAGCCUAAAACAACACACAGAAACUCCCCUUUUUCCUCCUCCUACCCACCAUCUUUCACCCUGGUUCCACCUAAAAGACUGCACCUACCUUUAAACAUCCCCUUGUCUCACCAAGCAGAAGCGAGGCAACUGCUCCUUCUGCCCCGUGCGUGCCUCCUUAUGACUCGGCUACACUGAUUAAAGUGGAACUCUUCAAUGCAUCAAGAGGACUGUGGCUUAUCAGUUGUCUUUUUUUAUUUAUUUGUUAAAAAUAUAUCUGGGAAAAGAAGAGGUUUUAAAUAUUUUUUUUUUAAGUCUGCAGUUUCUGCUUUGAAAUUUUUUGUUUUUUAAAUAAAUGUGCCUCCAUUGUCACCGUAUAGUGAAUGGUAUAAACCAUUUAUAUACCCGCAAGGUCUUAUCAUAGAAGAGAAAAGACGUCUCCACCACUGUAAGCGUAAAAUGUGAGCAUUGGCAAUAACAAGUCAUCCAAAAGCCAACUUAUAUACAUUGAUUAAAAUAAUGAACCUGUAUGAAGCUUCAGAGAAAGCUAAAAGAAAAAUAAUAAGCUGGUAUGAUUUGUGUUUAUCUAUGUUUAAAAUAAUAUUUUUUUCCCCUUUUGGAUGCUUUAUAGAUUGUUUUUUUUUUCUUUUUUGCUUUUUGAAUGAUUUGUGUCUCAUCCUCUUUCAAUCAUUUUUGCAAUACAGUGAAAUGUGUUUUCAUUGUUGUGCACAUAUCUAGAGCAGAGAACGACGUGGUGCUAAUUUAUGGGACUGUAACCUUUUGGUCUCCCUUUUGGGAAGACUUCUUAGAAAAUAUUUUUGGUGGCCUAGUACUGUAACUUUGAACUAAUAGGUUAGGCUACAUAUUUGUGUUACAUUAAGACUGAACCAAUCACCAAUUUACUUGAGCUGUUUUUAGUUCUCUUUCUGAGGAGUAAACAAGAUUUUGCUUUACAGCCACAUUGUUUUUUUAUAUAUAUAACUUGUUUAAAAUUAAAUGUAAUAUCUUUGAGUUGCUUCAGUUGCUUUUACUACAAAGAAAUGCAAGGCUAUCCUUUUAAAUAGCAAAUAUCCGUAAGUAUUUUUUAUUUUUUUUAACAAUUGAAGCCUACAAACCAUUAAACCAAGAUUCCCCUUUG